UACGCGCCCGGUCAUCCGCCGGCUCUACAAGUGGGUAUUCCAUUGCGACUCCUAGACGUGCUCGUUCGCUCGCGUACAAACGAUCGUUUUCCUUCGUUCGGGCGCGUAUCGACGCGACGUUUAACGUGCAUCCGUCAAGGGACGAUUUCGUUGGCCGAGUUGGAGGAGCUCCUCGAGGAUCCUCGCGGGCUCGUCCAGUCUGACAGGACACGUACGAUCGACGACGGGAACGGUAAUACGCUUAGCGUGACAAACACCCUACUUCGAUCUGAAGUGCGAAAAGCACUCGCAAUUCGAGAACAUUUUUCCCUUGGCACGCGAGGAAGUCACAACUCAGGGACUCGAUCCUCUAUUCCCAUCGAGCUUUAUUGGCACGGGGUAGAAUCAGACGAUGCCGAUACAACACGGAAGCGUUUCCCGUCGCUCCUGGAACGAAACGGCUUAAGGGGACAGCCGACGGACGAUGACUUAAGUUCCACGAGGGACCGCAACGAUCGGCCAGGAAGAAAGUAACAAAAUUGCAAAUGGCUCUGGGGCAGAAUCGAUACCGUGACGCAAAGAACCGUGAAAGUUCUCGAGGUCGAGGUGCUUUCCUCCCCGUAUCAACGAGCCAAUCCGCCGCGUUACUUCGAGAUCGAUGUGUGUAAAUUUCAUGCGAACCCGUCAGCCACGCUAGAGGUUCCCAAAGAAAGACAACGCGCGACUUGAAAAACGAUGACCAUUGCUUCGAAUCGCGCACGCCAUAUCGAAGUCUAGAUCGCGGCCAGGUGUCAGCAACCAGGUGAAAAGGGACGAAAAUGAGUUUCUUUAAUUCGCUGCAACAGUACGUGAGCGACAGCGUCGCCAGCCUGAGCCUGAGCCCUAAAAGGUUCUCGUUCAGCAGGGAAGACUCCGGAGCCAGCACUACCGGAAGGAGCGGCUCUACCGGAAGCGUAACCGGGACGACCAACGCGAACUCCAACGCGCAACAAUCGACCCCUCAUGGUUAUCCCAAGGUGGUACCUCCGCCGGGUACUGUCAUCCCGUCUUCCCACGGUCGCUCGUUGUCGACGCGAAGAAAGACCCUCGAGUGCACUUCCGCCCAAGGACUGACGGUGCAUCCUGCCACAGGAAGCGCGUCAGGCAGCACCUCGCCACGCAGAGUCGGUUCUUUUCGGAGGAGCACCGGUUCCUCCGACAGGCCACCUUUGAUGUUCUGCCGAAGGAGACCAUCCUGGCCUGAAGUUGACAUACAAGCAACUUCCGGGGUUCAAGAGACAGAUGGCUCCUUCUUCGAGAGUUUCACAGCAUUGUCCUGGAAACAGGAGAAUCGAAGGCUCGUGGUACUUCAGGAAGUGGAAGCCAGGGCAAAGGAGCCACCCCCGUCCAGAGACAGCAGUUUGGCGUCUUCGCAGUAUCGCUUCAAUAAAAAGCUGGAGCAGUUGUACAUAGAAGUCCUUUACACAAUCGCCAACACGGUGGGCGCCAGCACUGGACAAUACGCGCAUUACAAAGAAGAUCUGUAUAGGUACGCGCAAGAAGCCUUUCGAGUUCCGCAGGAUCAACACCGUCGAUAUCUGAGUAUCGCAUCUGAGGAAAAGCCUCCCAUUGUUAUCUUGAGCGUCGUGGUCGUCGAGGCGGAAGGACUGGAGGCCAAAGACGCAAACGGAUUCAGCGACCCUUAUUGCAUGCUGGGAAUCCAACCAGGUAAUACAGGUGCGCCAUUGAGUCCACAAACGAAUUUAACAGCGCAUUCGCCCCAUACACCUCCGGCGUCGCCGAGACAAGCAACACGGGCCCUCUCCGAGGGCGGUGAAACCGAAAAUUCACACAACGAGAAGCUACGGAAGCAUCAUAGUUUCAGGCUAUCGUUCAAACGCAAGGAGCACACGAGCAGACGGGAUCACCGAGAGUCCUUAAGCGGCGCGGUUCCGGCAAAGUUUAUACGCGCGACCACGGUGAAGCCUCACACGCUGAGCCCGCGAUGGAACGAGAAGUUUCGUUUCGACAUCGACGACAUCAACACGGACAUCCUGCACCUGGACAUAUGGGACCACGACGACGAGUCCUCCGUAUUCGACGCGGUUAGCAAGCUGAACGAGGUGCGUGGCGUGAAGGGUCUCGGACGAUUCUUCAAGCAGAUCGCGCAGAGCGCGAGAUCCGGCGGCCAGGAUGACUUUCUAGGCUGCGUGAAUAUACCCCUUCAGGACAUUCCAAGCACUGGGUUAAAUCAAUGGUACAAAUUGGAAGGCAGAACCCAACGAAGCACUAUUCAGGGGAGAAUUAGAUUAAAGCUGUGGCUAUCUACGAGAGAAGACAGGGGAACGUCAGAAGAAGACAAUUGGGGGGAGUUGACGCAACAAGAAAGACUUUACACCAUCUUUCUAAACCAUGAGAUGACUAAGCAAGGGGCAGACUUCACGGGGGAAUUGCCACAAACGGCACUAACCAUUCUUCAUCAACACGCCGUCCAAGGUGAUGUCACGGAAUUGCAGCAAGCACUAGUCAGAUGGGUAGCGACGUCACGGCAACCAUCCUGCGAUCCAAGGAUUCUUCAUCGUCUUCUUCAGGAAUUAGACAAUUUAUGGACCACGGAUACGCUUUCCCGUGAUGAGGAGCAAUGCCUCACCGAUUCCUUUAAUGAAUUUCUCGAAAUCACGUUGAAGAAAGUUCGACAACAUCGUCUGCUCUUUCCACCAUUGCAUCGACCAUCGAUCGCUAAGCUGGACUACCUUCUCAAAUGUUUAGGGCUACUGUCGAACAUGAAAGCCUUCCGAACUUGUUGUCCUUUCAACAAGGAAAUUCGCGGAGAAAUUAUAACUGCCUUAAGAAACGGAACUCUCGACUGGUACCAAGACACGAGGCAGCAAACAAUGUGUUACGAUAAGGAGCCUGAUCAGGAUGCAGAUAAAGUCCUUCAGGACUUCACGAACUUGGUAACGGCGUUACUAGUAGACUUGGAACAGGGGCUGACUUACUAUAACAGUCUCUUUGAAAAUACAAACGGGGUGCCAUAUUUCUCGGCGGUGUACAAACAGCUGGAUAAGCUGCUGGCGGAACACGUGGCGAAACACAUGGAGAACACUUCCGAGAUGCAAACUGAGCUUGGGGCAAGGGUCACCACCGCCUGUCUUCAGCUUCAUGGUCAAAAUGCGGACGAAUAUGUGCUACCACCGGGGGCGGAGAUAGGAACACCGAUGUUCGAGCUCUACCUGGCUCUUCAAGAUUUCGUAACUAUGAAGGAGAACCUGCCACCGUCCGACCAUAAAACUUUGGGGAUUUGCUCGUAUUACGAGUGGUUCAGACCGGCUGUCGACAAGUGGUUGGAUCUCGCCAAGCUAAAAGCGAUCCAGCGUGUCAGAAAAUCGGCUGAUCUUGAUCGAAUCUGCACUGGUGAAUACAUAGUGAAGCACUGCACGUCCGCCAUUGAUGUCACUGCUUGCUUAUAUCAGAUCAAAGAGUUCUGGAAAAAGUUGGCCUGGCCAGAUAUUCCUGGAUCUUACAACUUGGUCCUGAAAGUCAUCGAUGCGAUAUGCAGCUCAGCGGCGUAUUACGCGGAGCUUACUCACCAGAAGCUGGCCGACGCUGGCUAUUAUGAUGACCAGACGCCUUAUAAGACUACUGACGAGGUAAUCGCUCAGAUGUGCGUAGCCAUAAACGGGCUCGAGUACGUUCGAAGAUGGCUUCUGGAUUUAGGAGAGGAGCUCCACGUCGAUAAAUUUUUGACAGCCUUGGAGUGUCACGCGGGGGAGUCUGCUCGUAUACAGUGGAGGACCGCUUUGACGUCACCGCUGGAACAGACACCUGGACAAAUGUUGCUCUUCAUAAACCAGAUCGUUUCGAGGAUCGGCACGAAGAUGAGACCACCCCUGAAGAAGGCGAUGUUCCAUCUGGCUUGGUCGCCGGAUAGUCUGCCCACGUCAGAGGCCAUCUCGCCGUUGCUGGAGUAUUUGGACGUUCAUCUAGUGGCGCUUAAUUCGGCCUUGCUCACCGUGAACUUCCUUAGAGUCCUCCAGGACAUCUGGGAGGUCGUUCUAAGCGAACUGAGUAACCAGAUGGACGGAAACGCAGGUGACAAGCCUGCGAUGUUUUACGAGAGGCUUCACGAGGCCCUGGACUUGCUGAUGAAGUUCUUCCACGCAGACGAAAAGGGCCUGUCGUAUAAUUCACUUCGUUCUCAGAGUUUCAUGAACGUGGAGGAACGCUUGCAGUACCAUAAAAUGGACACCUCGUUCUUAAUCGAUCGAUACUAUCAACAACGACUUCAGGACCAACUGAACACCGUCUCAUCGGAAUACGGUGUUCUAACAGUGAUGGCGUACCUGAAUCACGACUCCCUGUGCGUUGAAGUUAUAAAUGCCAAAAACGUGAUACCGUUAGACCCGAAUGGUUUCAGCGACCCUUUCGUCAUAAUCGAACUUUUGCCACGAAGAGUCUUCGAGCACUGCACCGAGCAGCGAACCAACGUCAAAAAGAAGACUCUGAACCCCACUUUCGACGAGUGUUUCGAAUUCUCGGUGAGCGUGGAACAGUGUCGAAGUCCGGACUCCAUGGUGGUCUUCACAGUGAUGGAUCACGACGUCCUCACAGCGAAUGACUUCGCGGGCGAAGCAUUCUUGGGGCUCAGCACGAUACCAGGCGUGGCUGACACGAAUGCCACCAUAGACAAUUUCCAUGGCCUCAAACAUGCCGAGCUGCCCCUCAUGCAACAAAAGAAUCGAAAUCACCCGAUUCUUCAAAUUCUGGAGACAAGGGUCGGCGACAAAGUGGCUCUCGAUUUUGUGAGGAAACAAAGGCAACGACUCGCCUCGACGUAAAACGAAAAGCGACGCGAAUCAAAAGCUUCGUCGCAGUCUCGAGCCGUUGAAUUCUCGUCUUUAACGGGGUGAAACGAGGGGGAAACAGGUGCAAACAAACGAAUCCCAACCCCCCCGUUUCCUCUGAUAUUCGCCAGAUCUUUCUCAGUGUAAAUCGUGUUUGAAUAUAAUCGGUGUUGGUAACUAAAGAAAACUAACAAGAGAAUAAAUAUUAAAAGCGGAUCAGCGAGGGUAACGGGAUGUUCGCAAACAAAGGGAAAAAAUAACAAAAUGAAAGCAUACAUAUAUAUCCAGAACUAUUUUUGUGUCGAGAACAAAGCGAGGUCGAGAAAAGCUGAGCAAAGUACAGAGAGAGAGAGCGAGAGAGAGAACAAGUUUUAAUCUGUCAGGGUGUUUAAAAAUAAAUGUUUUAAAUAGCUGACGUCGUUCGAGGCACUCGGGAACAAGGAGUUAUCCUUUGUGAAAGUCAUUUCCACGUUUCGGUAGCUUGUGAAUAGUUUCGUCAAGCUUUCGAGAUUUUACAUCAGUCGUCGUUCGUAGUUUGACGAUGACGCCAUAUGUUGGCGAAACGUCGAAAGGGUUCUUUUAUGUUAGAAUUAACGGAAUCUUGGAAUCAUCAUUCGGUUUUAAACUCAAACGUAAUAUUUAUAUAAUAUGUACAAGGAAAUGAACGAAGUGUUUAACGUGUGUGUAUAUCUCAAAGAAAGUAGUAAUUAUUGUCUAUUGAACGACCAAAACGAGACUGACAGUGAACUGUUUCGACUUGAAUUAUACAGAUAUAUGCACGUACAGCGACAAGAACAGAAAUAGUGAAAUUUUAACAUCUUGAAAAGACACUGCUUGAUCCUGGAAGCCUCGAGCGGUUGCAGCAAGAACCCAGGCCGUAAGAGCCUCAAGUAUCUCGUUUAAAAAAGCUAUCGUCGAGACCGUCGAGACUCGAAGCAAUGCUAAUCGGCCGUGACAUCAGAAUACUUUUUCCAAAAACGAAUUAAUGAGUGGUGGGAGGAAAACUAAGAGUAUCGUAUGGAGAAAGGGUGAUCGGUCCCGAAUAAGAGGAAUGUGGUGCACAGGUAAGAUUCUUGUCUAGGUACAAAUGUCAAAUAACGAAUUAAAGAUAGACAACUUCUUAUUUCUAACUUGUGGAAUAAAAAAUACAGUUGGAAUAAUAGAUUAAAAUAUUUUAUUGUGAACAAGUUAAAAUUUUAUAAGUUUUUUUUGAGUACAGACCUGGGUAAAUUUUAAUUGAAAUGGAAAAAGGCAAUGAUUAUUCGAGAUAAUUUACUUCAGUCGAUCCUUUUAUCUUGAAAAAUUGACGACAGAUUUAUUUCUUCUAACGUUUGAUUAUCAAAUUAAAUUUUUACUAUUUCAUCAUCGUCACUUUCAAAUUCGAAAUUUCAUUGUGUACUUGUGAUAUCAUUUGAUUUGAUUAUCAGGAACAAUUUCACAAUUAUUUCAAAUAAUUACGAAAUAAAAUAAUAUGUUAUUCAAUAUGAUAUUUCAAAAGUGACUACAGAUAUGAAAAAGAAUGUAAUGUAAUUUUCAUGUAAUUAUGAAAUAGAAUAACGUGUUAUUUGAAAUAGUAUUUCAAAUAUCAUUUCAAAAGUGCCCUGGUUUGAUUGAUCACACGUCAGAAAUAAAUCACAAGACGUAUGGUUUCAUUUAAAUGAAAUAUCGCUUCAUCUCUGGUGUCAAACCGUUCGUAAUCACUCCAGUCAAUGGUUGGCUAUGAAAAAAUCAAUCUUUGGCUUUACGAUGACUUAAGUACCUGCACAAUUGAUAAUGUCAAAUAUAAAAUAUCAUUCCUAGGUGGUCAAUAUUAUUUUGCAACAUCUAAUAUUUGCAAUAAUAUUAAUCAUACAUACACAUUGAGUGAUUUAUAAUUGUAUAUAUUAAUAAUAAAUUUUCGAUGCAGUGGUUGUGAGGUUCUCACAUUACAUGCAGGUUUUACAAAUUAUUUAUUCAAAAAUCAAGGAAGAUUUGUGUAGUGAGAAGAGAUACAUAACAAGUACGAAAUUUUGAAUAAUUUACUAUCAUAUAUGAAAAAAGGCUUUAGAAUUAGUUAAUUCAUGAAAGUAAGAUCAUCUACCGAUUAAGAGUAUUUGAUCUAUAAACUGUAAAUUAUGGUACAAAAUUCUUAAGUAGUACUAUAAAAAUAUAAAGGGUUUUGUAAAAGAGGGCUUGAGGAUUUAAUUAAUUAUAAAAACAUGUCAACGUAAUCGUGAUGAGCAUACUAAUAUAAAUUACAUAAAUCGCAUAUAUUCCCAUUCCAUUUGUGUUUUAUUAAUAAAUAGUCCUAAAGCCCAUUUUGGAAUACUCUUUAUAAUAUACAUAUAAUACAUAUAUGACAAUUCCUGCAAAUAUUGAAUAUUGCAAAAUAAUCUCAACCGUGGGUACCUCAAGACGUCUGACCAAAUAUGACCCGCAACUACUUCCAGGAUCGAUCUUUCAUUCUCCGCGCGGUAUAUGGAUCAUCGAAGCUCGACACGUCCAAAUCGAUUCGAAAUAAUCGAAGCAAAACUCGCGAAGACAUUCAUCGCCGAUUCGCAUCGCUUCGACGGAUACAGAUCAAUUCCAAGAGAGUCGAUAUACAUACGAUAUUUUUCUUACUCGUCAUUGGCUAACGUCUCUUUCUAUCUUUCCACCGCCGUCUCCCACUUCACCGAUUUCCAGCGAUUAUACUAUUCUUCUCAUCGCCGUUCGCGCGCACCGCGACGCCUGUAUCGCAAUCUGCACACGACGGAUAUCGAUCGACGUUUAAAUGAUAAAUAAACGACGCAUGAACCGACUAAAUAAAAAAAAAAUGUACGAACAAAAGAAAACUGUGCUACGUAAGAAAAUUAUCGCAACAAAAUUAUUCACCAAAAUUUUGCUAUUUUUCAAAUGCAUAUAGGUCCGUCAAUUUUCGUUGUGUCGAGACAACUUUAUUUUUCAGUUUGUAGAUAAUUAUCUACAAUUGAACAAAUUAUGGUACAAAAUUCUUAAGUUACAAAUUAAUACAAAAUGGAUCCAAUGUCUUUUCUUUAAAAUUCGAUUGUUUGAUUUAUAGUAAGCAACUUAAAUAAAGAGAAGUCUGUAGUGCUGGUUAGUGGGUUUAAAUAAUUUAUUAUGACACUUAUUACACUUUUAUACUGUAGAUAUUAUUCAUUAAAACGCACCAUUGGCGACAAUGGAUUAUGCGUGAAUCUAAUGCAAUGAUAAAAGUAAUAUAGGUAGAAGAGAAUGAAUAAAAUAAUAAACUGCAUGAAUUUUAUGAGAAACGCUGGAAGUAUGUAUUUAAUAGAAGUCUACAAAGUACAAAUAAUUACCUGUAAAAUCAAACAAAAAAUUGUCUCUAAACAAUAAAAAUUUACAGAAUUGUGCGCAUUUGAAGAAUGGCAAAGUUUCGAUGAAUAACUUCAUUGAGUUAAUUUUGUUACUGUAUAUGGAAUUCAUAAAUUAACAAAUGAUUUGUGCCCGUUGCAUGUAUACGUAAGGAUACGCUAAGAAGCGAUUUAAGGAAUAAAAAGAUGAUAAAAGAAAAACGCUAAAAAAAAAUAAAAAAUAAUGAAUAAGAAGUUGUAACUACUAAAUACCAAGUGGCAAAAAAAAAAAAAAUGGUGUCCCCUUGUGUCUCUACUGCGAAGAUUCGUGUUUGAUUUGCUCGUACAAUCUGAAUCUUUCUAGAGCUUUUCCGAUCUCUUCGGCACGACGAUGAAACGGCCUCUUCGCUUGGAAAUUUCAUCGGUGAAUCGUGCUAACAAUCGAUUCGACGAAAUCGGACGAAGGAUCUUCGAGGAAAUUGCUUCAAUGAAAUUAUUCGUGAAAAAAAAGGGAACUAAACACACACGGAGAAUGUAUGUGGUCCAAAUCUGGCGAGAGAGUGGAAAAAAUUGGAUCGGUAAGCGAUCGAAAUUGGCGACCAAUGUACCUAAAUAGAAAACAAAGGAAUUUAAUCAAAAAAAUGCAUCGGAACAAAGAACUGACUGGAUAGUAAAAUGAUUUAAAAAAAAAAGGAAA